UAUUUCAGUUUCACAUCAAUAUCAGUCUAAUCACGUGUAAGUGUAGGAGAGAAAAACUUUAAGCAUGAGUUCAAUAACUAUUAUGGGUGUUCUUGUCGGACUGCUCUUGAAUGUUGUAGAAUCAGAACAUAUUUCGGUGCCGAGAAAUUUUGCAUUGACUUCAUCACCCUCAUAUCAAAGUCCAGAAGUGCCAGCGCAACAGAAAGUAAGAUCAAGAAAUUUGAGAAUUCGUUCCUUCAUGGAGGCAACAUCUAGUACGACGUCCUCUGUUCUCGGGGAUAAUGACAUUGAUGACGACCCGAUACCUUCUAAAGUGUGGAUACCAUCAGGGUUGGACUUUUCAUGCAGAGGUCGCGCCCCUGGAUAUUACACAGAUCCAUCACCGUUGUCAAAAUGUCAAGUGUACCACAUGUGCAUGCCCGAUGGGCGUAAAUAUUCAAUGCUGUGUGGAAUCGGGACAGUUUUCAAUCAAAUCACGUUUGUUUGUGACCAUUGGUACAAUUACCACUGUUCGGAUGCAGUAUCUGACUACCAACGAAAUGAUCAGCUAUGGGACCAAUUUCUUUCUCCAAUUAAGGAAGCAGAACAGGAAUAUGAGUAUGAUGAUUUUCAAACUACACCAGCUCCCUGAGUUUGAGCUCUCCACUUAUCAAUAAUAUUAUGUCAUAUGAUAUGACGCAAUGUUUGUACUUACCCAUGCCAAUCGAGUUCCAUUAUGGCUGAAAGAAACAUCAUGGACCCAUCCCCCUGCACCAACGGGGCUGUUUGGCUGCACAAAAACAUUUAUUUUUUAAAUAAAAACAAAUCAUUAAUAUAUGUA